AUGAGUCUCAAGGUAUUCGAUGCCAUCUCGGCCCUCAAACGGGCUCUUCCGCAAGCUCGUCUGGUCACUCCCGAGGCCACAGAGGAAUACCAGACCCUCAAUGGUAGCUACCUCUCCGGCUUUGAGAGCGACUUGAACCCCGCUUGCAUCUUCCUUCCCAAGUCAAGCCAAGAGGUGGCCGUUUUCAUUCAGACGAUCGAUUCAUUCGACAAUGAGGUCAAGUUUGCCAUUCGCUCCGCCGGGCAACAACCACUGCCUGGUUGCGCCAAUGGCCAGGAUGGCAUCACCGUUGAUCUUCGAGAUCUCAAGGGCCUCAAGCCCCAAGACGGUGCUAUCCAGUUCGCGGCAGGGAAGCGCUGGGGGUCUGUCUACGAGUAUCUCGAGCCCCUCGGGCUGGGUGUUACUGGGGGCAAGUCGACGAUCGGCGGUGGCCUGUCCUUCUAUGCAUCACGAGAAGGAUUAAUUUGCGACAACGUCGUUAACUUCGAGAUUGCAAUCGCCUCGGGCGAUGUCAUUAAUGCGAACGAGAAAGAGAACCCGGAUCAUUGGGUGACCUUGCGAGGCGGUGGAAACAACUUCGUUGACGCCGAGCUGGUUGACUGCACCAACAAGAUCAUCACUCCAGGCUUCAUUGACACGCACCGCCACGGAUGGCAGACGGUCUUCAAGACAAUGGGAUCCAAUACAUCACUAAGUGAGUACGGAUAUCGAUAUAGUGCGUUCGUGGCACUCCCGAUGUUUACCCCUGAUGAUAUCUAUAUCAGCCAACUCGCGGGCAUCCAUGAGGCACUCGCUGCCGGGGUAACGUCGAUACUCGACCAUGCCCACCACACAAGGACCCGAGAGCAUGCUACCGCAGGCUGGGAGGCCUCUGUCGAUAGCGGCGCCAGGAUCUUCUUUGCCUACACAUUCCAGAACACCUCCACCGACUUCCAGGUCCCACAACAGAUUGCGCAUUGGCGUGAGUUGGCUGCGGCGGCGUCAUCGAACCUCUCGACAUUGUGCAUCUCCUACGAUGGUUUCGCGACUAGCCCUCAAUCCCUUACUCAAGCAGUCGUGGAUAUUGCUAAAGAGAGUGAUGUUGCCGUUCUCACGACUCACCAAGUCGAAGGGCCUUGGCUCAUUGGAAACACCCCGGAAGAGCUGAACCGUGUUGGGAUCCUGAAUUCCAGCAUACCUAUCGUGAUCUCCCAUUCGUCCUUCCUCACCGCAAGGGGCGCUCAAUUAUUGCGCAGUAAAAACCAGCAUGUCUCUAUUACAGCGGAGUCCGAGAUGCAUUACGGCCACUUGCAUCCAAGCAGCCAUCUUAUCCUAGAUCAGGCUUCCCUGGGUAUUGAUACACAUUUCACCUUCUCCACAGACAUCCUCACGCAGGCGCGAAUGUGGCUUCAACGAGUCCGAGAACGCCUGUACAAGGAUACUGUCGUCGACCGUUGGGAAAUUCCCAAUAGCAACCCAAUGUCUGUCAAUCAGGCAUUCCUCUUGGCAACCAGACAGGGAGGACUAGCCCUCGGCAGAAACGACUUGGGAAUCAUUGCACCGAAUGCUAAAGCAGACAUUGUAGUCUGGGAUGGCCGCUCCCCUGCACUCUUGGGCUGGACGGAUCCCAUUGCAGCGGUGAUCCUUCAUGCGAGCGUGGGUGAUAUUGAACACGUCCUAGUGGAUGGAAAUUUUGUGAAACGUGACAAGAAGCUCGUCAUUAAUGGAUACGACGGGGUUCAGGACCGAUUUCUCGAGGCCGCUGGGCGUAUUCAGACUAUAUUGAAGGAAACUCCGCUGCCUGCGCUGGUGGGCACCUUCCUGACAGGAUCCCCAUACGGCGAUGUUCAGCAUGCGGAUGUUCAAAGAGGUGAAGGUACCGGGUACGGACCAAGCUAUGUUUAA